UUUUCUUGUUUGUUUUCGUUUUCGCUUCGGUCAACUAUUAAGGUGUGCUGUCGUUCAAAGAUUUUGUUUUAGCACAACUUUAAUCCGUAAAACUGAAGAAAGUGGACAAACAUCAGGAUGAGUGCUGUAAUUAGAAAAAAUGGGAUUGGUUACUGGGAAGUUUAUCAGGCGAGCCUGGAACGACGACUUCAACAAGGCGAGUGGGAUCUGGUGUGCCGGGAUGAAGAGUUGUGUAAGGAAGUUGAAGCACGUCUGUCUGAAUGCAGUCCUCAAGACUUCCACCCUCCGCUUGGGCUAGACACACUGUCAGUGAUAGAAGCUUCGCUCCGAGCAUCACACCACACUUUGGGCCAAAAUAGGCUCAAAAGUCUCGUUAAGGCAUUCGAAGUGCUAGAGCUUGCAGCACUAAAUCUCUACUUAUGCCCAUGGCGGAAGGAGUACAAGGUGGUGAAGAUGUUCUCAGGCAUGUUCACUCACUGCAUCAAACCUGCUCUGACGACACAGCAAGCUAAAGAGCUGUUUGCAUUACUCGGAUACCAGCCAGCAAGCAGCAAUGACGAGGAGCUGAGGCUUGGCACAAUACCGGUUCACUCACACGCCCUUCUCCAGCUGGCAUGUGGUUUCUUCAUUGCUCGUAUAGAGUGCCACCUGCUGCUUACUGCUGUGGCCUCCCUGGGUGGCAGCACAGAGUGGGUGCUUCAAAUCAUUCAGGAAAGAAAGCGUGGCUGCACUUUUCAAAUAGCACUGGACAGGGCAAAGAGAAAGCUGGAACCUGCUUCAUCUGAUUCACCAUUAGUUCUAGAUGCAACUCUAGAUCUGUACACAGACAACACUACAGAAGAGCAUAGUCACAUGGCUUCACCACCCAGCCUUCCUUACAUUCCACCCAGUGAAAAUCCCCGAGCACAUAUGUCCCGCAGUAACAUUUCUCAGUCAGACAAGGAGAGGAAUGAAAAGAAGGCACAGUCUGUCUCAUCCCUGACCUGUCAAAUCAAAGCAACGCUGCAGAACACUGACUCGAGUCUAAAGCCAUGUGAAAAUGAAAGACGGUUUACGACAGUGAGUAAUGCCCAGCUUGGUGCAUCAAUAGAAGGACAACAUGUAUAUAACUGUUUAAAGUCAUAUGACUCCUCCUAUCUUAAGCCAUGCCUCCAGUGUGAAGAAAAUCAUAGUACGGAUUGCGCUUGUAUUCGGAGCUGCACUGAGCAAGAGCACGAGGUUAUGAAGUUUAUGCAGCAGCACAUGAUGGAUACACGAUCCCACACCAGACAGGAUCAGACGCAACAGUGGGAAAAUCUACCAAAAGAUGAUCUGAAGCAGCACAGCUGUAUAAACAAACCCAGCAACAAUUUUUUCUUCGUGUGCCAUGAUUGUCAUUAUAUCCAUGAUGUAAACUGUAAGGAACUUCAACAGUGUCUCCAUGAAAGCCAUAAUGUGCAAACUACAGGAAGGUUACAGCCGGCUCAAGUAGAACAAGGGCUGACUGCACAUACAUGUUUUAAAGUAGCAGGUACACAGUAUGCAGUCUGCCAUACAUGCAACAAAUCCCACGACUUGUUUUGUAAUGAACUACAGAACUGCAGCAGUUCUGGCCACAAUGUGACAUACCUGCUUGAAAAUAAUGAAACCGAAGCCAAGCCCAUGCCUAUGCACCAGUGUUGUACAUCCGCAGAGCCAAAUUUUGCCUGCCUCAAUUGCAGAGUUUUCCAUGCCGUUUCCUGUGAUGAUAAUCAGUGCCAAAGACAACAUGAAGUGCAGAGUCUCCGAUACGUGUGCUGUGUGUGCUCAAACACUCAGCUUUUCAUUCUGUGCAGGUACUGCUGUGCCCAAUAUUGCAAAACUUGUUGGUUUAAAAAUCCCCUGGAAUGCAAAUGUGGCAUGCCUUUUGAUAACACGGCUGUUUAAGGAAUGACUUUAUACCGUAUUUAUCUAGCUGCUUUAAAGGAACAGUCCACCGUACUUCCAUAAUGAAAUAUGCUCUUAUCUGAUUUGAGACGAGCUGCUCCGUACCUCUCCAAGCUUUGCGCGACCUCCCACGCAGUCAGACGCGCUGUCACUCCUGUUAGCAAUGUAGCUAAGCUCAGUAUGGCCAAUGGUAUUUUUUGGGGCUGUAGUUAGAUGCGACCAAACUCUUCCACGUUUUUCCUGUUUACAUAGGUUUAUAUGGCCAGUGACAUGAAACAAGUUCAGUUACACAAAUUGAAACGUAGCGAUUUUCUAUGCUAUGGAAAGUCCGCACUAUAAUGACAGGCGUACUAACACCUUCUGCGCGCUUCGGCAGCGCAUUGAUACGGAGCUCAGAUAUCAAUGCGCUGCCGAAGCGCGCAGAAGGUGUUAGUACGGUGGACUGUUCCUUUAAAGGCACGUUACCAGAUCUGGUUUCAUUUGUUAUUACAGCCAAAUCACUAUAGUAGAUAAAUUUACUAGAUGGACACAAACCAUGCCUUAAGCGUUACUUUGUCUUGAAGUUGUUAAAAAAAACCCUAAAAACACCAUGACCUUAUCAAACAGCUGAUAUGGUUCUAAACAGCUCUGCAGUUCGAGUUUAAUACAUAACAAACCUGAAGUAUGUGUUUGCUUCCUCAUUUUUGGGAUACGUCUUAAUAGCUCUUUUGUUUUGUUUUCUCUAAAAUAAAUGUCUUAGAACUGCUCUUCUGAAAAUUCCAGUCUGUGAUUUUGAAGUUUGACUGACAUUUUAAAUCAGUUUUUUGUGUAGCGAUAGUGUUGUUAUAAAUGUCUGAUCACGUGGGAUGAUUCUUCCCACAAAUGAGCAUGAAAAGAAUUUCCUUAAACUUUACAUGUAGUUGCACUUAUUGUUGUAUUAGAAUAAUGUAUUUUAACUACUUAUUUUUGUUACCGUGGGAAAAAAAGUUCAUUUAAACCACAAAUUUUGAACAAAUGUACAUUUUUUUAAUGCAGAACUGCUAUUCGUUGUAUUCUUCCCAGUUGACAUUAAUAAACGUUUUACUGUCCAUACGGUCGACAUAAAGAAUUCCAUCAAGGUGAUCCAUCUCAUGCUGCAGUAUCCUUGCUGGCCAGCCACUUGCUUGCCAGGUGACGGGCUCGGCUUUUUCAUUCAGUCCUUUGGAAAAAGAGAAUAAUCAGAGGGGUAUAUCACUAGACAGUUGAGCAUUUUAGUUGUAACUGUUGUCACAAUCUACUAUUCUUCUAUCUUUGGUUCUGCCCCUGAAUUUAACUGUUACCAGUCAUCUGUUUGUUUUCAUUAAUCACUUUGUCCUGGUCAGGGUCAUGGUAGAUCCGGCGCACUGGCCGUAAGGCAAAACAGAUGGGACACCAGUCCAGUGCAGCACAAUGCGCGCACACUGACACACACUCACACACAGGGGCAAUUUAGUGUAGCCAGUCCACCUACUAGCAGGGUAUUUUAAUACUUUUUUUUACAUGAAAUGUCAUUAUGGAAGACAAAUAAAUAAACAUAUGUUUAUAUUGUGUUAUAC